CCCUUUAUUUCUCGAAAUCUCACAUUUUUCUACCAGGAAUCCCCUGCGACAUUCUCCAAUGGCAUCGCAGGACAAAGGUCGGCCGUUGCCGAAAUUCGGAGAGUGGGAUGUGAACAAUCCUGCUUCUGCAGAAGGAUUUACAGUCAUAUUUAGCAAAGCUAGAGAUGAGAAGAAAUCCAAUGGUGUCGUUUCGUCUAGUGGGGCAACAACAACGACACAAAAGAAUGAUAAUUCAGCUAAACCUUCAGAGAAUUGUGAUUAUCCCCCCAUGAAAAAAUGGUUUUGCUGUUUUUGAAGCCAAAGGUCAAGGUGAAGCUAUUGAAAGAAGGGAAUUUAUGGCGGUUACUUUUAUAUAUGUAAUUUCCAAGUCCUUCUCAUGUUCCU